AUGUCGUCGACAUUUGCUGCUACGCCUUACGCGUUCCAGGAAUCUUGGAUUCGGAAUUCUCUGGAGAUUGCCUUUGCUACCUAUGCUGGCUACAAGGUUAUGGUCGCGCUCUACAACAUCUCUCCCCUCCAUCCCCUGUCCCGUUUCCCCGGACCAAUGCUUGCAGCAGCAGGAUACUUUUACGAGGCAUAUUACGGCUGGAUUUGUGGCGGCAAGUAUACGCAGCAGAUCAAGCGCAUGCACGAGAAGUACGGUCCAAUCGUCCGCAUCAACCCCGACGAGCUGCACUGCAACGACCCUCUCUUCACCGACGAGAUAUAUGCCGGCCCGGGACGAAUCCGAGACAAAUGGUACCACCAGCUCAACACGGGCGGUGCCGGUCCUGUGUCGGCGACUGCCUUCUCGACUGUGCUGCAUGAGGUGCACAAGAUGAAGAAGGCCCCCUACGCACGAUUCUUCUCCCGCCAGCAGAUCGCCAAGCUCGAAGGUGAGGUCCUCGAUGCAGCGCAGCUCGUAACGAACAAGGUGCUAUCCAUCGCGCAAUCCUCGAAGGAGGCCAACAAAAGCCAACACGGCGAGGUCUUCGACGUCAAGGACGCCUUCAACUGCUACACGGCCGAUGUCAUCGGGCAAUAUGCCUUUGGCACAUCCAUGGGCUUCAUUACACAGGAGGGCUGGACGCCCAACUUUGCGACCUGGUACAUCCCGCUCAUGGCGGACCACAUGGGCGAGGAUAUUGCCACUGUCAUGAGGCAGAUGAAUGUCGUCAUUCCGGGGUACAUCCAGGCCGCACUGGACGAUCCGGAGAACCGGCGUGUGUUUGCCGAGGUCCUGCAGAACAAGAGUCUUCCAGAUAGUUACAAGGACAUGUUCCACCUGUCUGGAGAAGGGUUCAAUUUUCUGCUAGCCGGGACAGAGACUACUGCAACUCUUAGCGACACCUCUCCCUCCACGCUAAAAUGGUCCCACCUCGAGAACAAGCCUUACUUCUGGGCCAUCGUGCAAGAAUCGCUGCGCAUCAUGCCGGGCGUCUCGCACCGCUCCGCACGCAUUGCCAGGGAUGAAGAUCUGCACUACAAGAACGCGGCUGGUGACGUCGUUUACCUCGUCCCCCGUGGCACACCAAUCGGGAUGUCCUCGGUGAUCAAUCACAUGGACCCUAAACUGUAUCCGGACCCGGAGGCUUUCAGACCUGAGCGGUGGCUUCUGGACGAUGGAUCUCCAAACUACAAGCUUCAGAAGUAUUUGCUGGCCUUCAGCCGGGGCAGCCGGUCUUGUAUUGGCGAGAAUCUUGCGUACUGCGAGAUCUACAUCAUGGCCGCGCUCAUGGCGUUCCAGGUUAUCCCACGCGCCACGCUGCACGAGCCUGGCGAGCCGGCUGAGCAUUUUAAGUACGAUCACGACAUGAUUGUGCUGCAGACCAAGAACGGUUCCAUUAGCUGCAAAAUAAGCAUCUGCUAA